AUGAUGAGUUUCGUUGAUUCAAUGUUAGGAUCAAUUUUGAUGGUUGACUCGAAGCUUAAUAGGAGAAAAGAUGACGAUGAAUGUGAAAACGAUUCGGAAGGAUCGUGUCAGAAACCGGUUAAUGACGAUAGUUUAACAAUUGGUCUUGCAAUUGGUAUACCAGUGUUCGUUAUUCUUUGUGUUUUGUCGUUUUUUCUUUUCAGGAAUUACCGUAAAGGUAAGAAGGAGUCUAUGGAACACGAUCCAGAUUUUGACGAAACAGGAGAAGCUACAAUGUUGCCGGACUUUCCUAAUCAAAAGCAGUACAUGGAAGACCCAUUCCACAAUAGGAAUUCGGUCAGAUAUCCGGCGCAGAAUCAUAUGGCAAAGGAGUCUUCUUCGUCGUUGACACAAACUGUUCAAGCAGAUCCAUAUUUGGAUAAUUUUGUCUUGCCAUAUCAACAUCAAACUGAAUCGAAAGUCUCACUAAACGAGUACGCAAGGCAAUUAGGUGAACAUCAGACCUUCGGCCAUACUCCGAGAGCUUCCACGCAUAUUAAUAGAACGAGAAAUUCAAGUUUUAGCAAUGUUAAUGGUUCAAUUGGAGGUGGUCACUCAAUUUCACCUCAAAAAUCUGGGUUAAGGCCUGAUAUAUCAAACCAACGUGAUAGGAGCCCACUUAGGUCUAUGGGCAAGGCUACAAACAACGAAUACACUAAUCUUCCUAACGAAUCAACAGCAGAAUUUCAAGAUGCUGAAGACGGGGAUGAUACAAUUGAGGAUCAUUCCUCAGACUUAGAAUCUGCGAGCAACUCUGAAAGCUCAGCUGUAAGUGGUACUGGCGGAGAAAAAUUUGCUGUUAACUAUGAAAAUGAAUCUGAAUUGGCUUUGAAUGACCCUAUAAAUCCUCAAAACAAUCCUGCAGUUAUUCCUAAAGAAACUACCAGAGAGUCUUUUGAUUCUGCAAGUGAAGAAGCUGACGUGUUUACAGCCAAGUCUGACGACUCCACUUCAGCUCCAGGUAGAAAUAUUGACACUAUGGAUGCUAAGAUGUAUGGUACAAUGGAUGAUACAGUCAAUGAAACAGUCGUUGAUACUACAAUUGUAGAUAGAGACGUCGAUGAAGCCAACAAGGGAAUUGAUAUUGUUAGCGAAGGUGAGCCGGAUAAUGUUGAAAACAUGGUUUCAAGGGAUGUAGCACAUUCCCUAUUCGAAGAUAAUAAUGCCAGGCAAAUGGUGUCUGUAAUUGAUGAUGAAAGAACUAACAUCUAUACUGAUGUUUCGCAAGAAACCACCAGACAUGAACUCGGUGAAUUACGAAACAGUGCAAAUACCACAGAUACGACUAUCGGUAACCUUGAAAUCCCAUCUGGUCCACCAGUUAGAAGUAAGUCACCUAGAUUAUCAGCCUUUAAUUUAUUAAAGAACGAUAGCGAUGAUGAAAAUGAAGAUGAAGAUCAAGAAAAAUUUUUAUCACCCGAGGAGGAAGAAGAGUUGAGAAGAAUGAAGUCAGUGUAUAAGGUUUACUUUGAUCGUGAAAAAUCACAAAAUAGUAAAUCUGGUGAUGCUAGAACUCAUGAAUUUACGCCAGAUCCAGAUUAUCCUUUAGGCGAUUUACCACAUAAAAUAGAUUAUUUAAGGAUCAACAAAGAAUUGAAGACAGAUACAAAUUAUGAUAAGAGAUUGACUACCACAUCUUCAAUUUACAGUGAAACACCAAUUUUCUCAAGUGAAGAACAACAAUUCUAUCAUAACCAACAAGAAUUUGCUAGUGAUCCUAAUAUAUACCAGGCACCACCUCAACAAUAUCAACAGCCACCACCUAACUUGCCUCCUUUACAACAAUUGCCUCCACCUUCAGAUAUUCGUAAAUCUACCAUUCAAACAUACACUGAUUAUCGUCCAAGAACCAAGAACCAAAUGGUACAAAAUGGUAGACAACCGUUUGUUCCAAUCGAAAACGAUCAAGUAUGGACAUCACCAAUUGCAUCACCGUCAAUGCAAUCUCAAUCAUCAUUUGGUCAAUCACAGCAAUCAUUGCCAUCUAUGAAUGGUAGUCUUGCUGCUGCCCACUCAGUUCCAUCUGCAACUCAAUUAUCAAGGUCUUCGGUCGUUAUGUUAAAUCCAGUUACUGAAAUCACCAAACAACGAAAAUUCAGACCUGCGGGUUCAUUACCAAGUACAAAGGGUUCUUCAUUAACAAACAGGUCUAUCCAAAACCAACAAUUCUUGAAUGCCAAUAAUGAGAUUAACAACUCUGAAAGUGAAUUAAUUCCUGGCAAUAGAAAGAGUGCGGUUAGAAGGAUGAUGAAUACUAAUUUCUAG